GGACUCAGAAGCCUCAAAGCGUGCUUCAACGGUAUAUGCCGGCGCGAAGCCAAGUGCAUUUCGCCACCAGCCCGCUCUACAACAAGCGCCUCCACCAACCAUUCGGAAACGGGCUCUCCGACGAGCAAUUUUUCGGGCUGAACAAAGCCCCACUCAUACAACCUGGUAUCGCGGCAGGCUUCUCCGACUGGAUCAGCUACGACAUCCCCGGUCGACUCAGGACGCAGCCGCAGCCAAGCCCGUGCAUCAGGCCCGACAACCGGAUAGUGAACUGGAACACAGGUGGUCUCCCCAACACCCGCUAUCGUGAAAUUCUUGUUUGGCUGCAGCAGGAACACGAGGCCAACCGACCCGUGGACCUCUGUAUCCUCCUGGAAACAGCCUGGAGAGAGGACUCGGAGUUCACGGCCUCACUGGAUCAACCGGGCGCUCAGACAUGGCAUGCAGGCCAUAGUUCAGGACCAGACCGAGCAGGCAUCUUAUGUCUCAUCCGGUCUGGACUGCUACCGGCCUCACACCUCCGGUAUAACAUCCUCGAGCCCGGCCGCUUAGUCCACCUACGCCUGUUGUUUGACAUGCCCAUGCACAUCCUUUGUGCCUACCAAUGGGCCUGGAAUCCCAGCAAACUGGCGCUCCAAGGCAAACACCGGGCCGAUGCUAUGACCAAGCAACGGCGGCGGAUUUGGCAAGCCAUUGACAGGUGGGCUGGCAGCAUUCCCCAAAGAAGUACAUGCCUCUUGUUGGGCGACUUCAACUCUACCGUGACCCCCGAGGCACCCCUCAGUGGCCCAGGAGUGGUUCAGAAUCAGGCGCACCACCCCGACCAGAGUGCUUUCCAGGAAAUUCUGAGGGCCAGAACCUACAUCCCGCCGAACGCCUCCAUCCAGCACGGCUCUCAGAUCGACUUCGUGAUUGGCAGGGUGGUGCAAGUCGACCCCCGGCCAAGCAGUCCCGCUCUUUCAUGGCUGAUUUUGUGCCCCGCACCGGAUGCAGGCACCUCCCUUUGUGCACAACUACCACUGCCGAGGAGGCCGGCGCCGCUCCCCCGUCCACAACGACCCCGGACGGUCCAGGCCGCUCUGAAGCAGCCUCCCUUCGUGCAACUUCUUCAAGCACAAGUGGAUGUGGGUCUUGGCCAACCAGCCCAGGCUGGCCGUACGCAGCCCAACCCGGAGAUUUCAGUGGAUGCAAUUCUCCUUGCAGGAUGGCAACAAACAGUCAAUGCCCAGGCUCAGGCUCGGACUCACCCAGGCCAUGCGCCUCCCUCUGACACACAGCUUGAACCAGUGUCUCUUACGCAACAGGUCCGACACAUGUGGGCUACGCGCACCUCCCUUCAAACCGUGAGCCGUGAGCCAACUUCUUGGGAGGUGGAGGCGUCCGCGUACUUCGACAACAAUGCCGGGCCAGAAAGAUCCACAAGGUGCCCCCGACGCCGAUUACAACUUCGGGCUGCAGACGGCUCCCUGCAAACCCACAAAAUGGAGUUCGAUCAGAUUAUCAAGUAUUUCCGUGCCCUCUAUGACGGCCCGGAGACCGAACCACCCCGUUUGAGUCAGGACCUCCUUAUCACCUCCGCGGAGAUUCUGGAGGCCCUCGAGCGCUUCAAGCCCUCCAAGGCCAUGCCCAGCACCAGUGCGCCCGCAGCUUUAUGGAAAUGGUUUCGACAGGACAUAGCACCCCAGCUCGAGUCGCUCUUCACUCGGCACCUCUGCAGGGACACCUCGUCCCUGCCCCGGUCCUGGUGUACCAGCGAACUUGUCCUAGAAACCGGGCAAACCCAUGAGGACCCCGGCUCACCUGCGACCCAUCUCACUACUACCAGCUCAAGCCAAGAUGUACAGGGCCCAGCUCUUGCGUUCCUGGCCCAGAUUCCGCAAUACGCCUACGUUGCGGGACGGACCUUGGCUCAGGCCUUAGAAAGAGUCAUUGGGCAUUGCGCCUCUGUCCGCCAAUUGGUGCAGGCCAACGCCUGCAACAUCCACGGCAAGCGCUACGGCCACGUGAACGCCAAGCUCUACGGAGGCUGCCACCUAUCCCUAGACAUUUCAUGCGCCUACGACCAUGUCCCAUGGGAGGCUCUCAAGUCCGCUUUACAGUUCGCAGCAGUACCCCAGCCCCUCAUCGAGGCCAUCCUACUUGUACAUCAUACCGCGUUGCGGACUAUCACCACUGCUCUGGGCAGUGUACUGCAAAUGCACGACCCUGAGCUCCUAGACAUUCACCGCGCCAAUACCAGUUACGCAGAUGACCUGCACUUUGGCUGGACCAUCUUGUGCGGCAGGGAUUUGGAGCGGGCCUAUGCGGCCAUGAAGCACGUCCUGACGCACCUGCUCAGGCAAGGCCUGACCAUCAGCCAGGAUAAGACGGUCGUCAUUCUUGAGCUGCAGGGACCCCAGGCCAGCAAGGCCCUGGACCGCUACACGGUGCAACGGCCCACAGGCCGACACUUUCGGUUUGUCAUCGACGAAAAAGUCCUCCAUUUGAAGAUUGUGUCACAACACGUCUACCUGGGGGCGGUCAUAGGAUUCCGCAAAUUCGAGCAGGAAACCUUCAAGCACCGGCUGGCACUGGCGAGGAACUCUUUCUCCAGGCUCUCGGUUAUUCUUCGCAACCGGACUGUGCCACUUAAGCUGCGACUACAGCUAUGGCAGGGCUGCAUUUGGCCAGCGAUGCUGCAUUCCCUGGACUGCACGGGUCUCCCUCUUAAGGAAUUCCAAUCCAUGCAGUCUCAACUCAUCAAACAGGCCAGGUCGAUCGCCAAGUCCCACAGCGUGCUCACCAAGGAGACCAACCCUGAUUUGUGCGCCGCCUUGGCCUCCCUGAUCCGGUCGCCAGAUUGCAGCAGGCACUCCAGCAGAGAACGGCACUGGAUCAGUCGCUUCCAGAUAUGCUUGCACCAGGCGAGGCCCAGUUACAAUGGCGCGGCAUUCUGA